AUGGCCGUGGGGAGGCUCAGUGAUUGGGCCAAAGUCCCCCAGUAGGGGACUGUGGGCUAUUCAAACCCAAGCCCGACUCUUGAGUCUAGAGGGCACUUGGCACCUAAUGAGCGCCUACUGCCUACCAGAGGCUUCACAGAGCCUCCAACACCCCUGGCUGGUGGAUGGAGCAGGGGAUUUAAACCCGGUCUUCCUGGAAGGGAGGGCCAGGGACCCCCUCAGCGCGUCCCUCCCGUGUCCACAGGUCGGCGCGCUGCAGCUGUGGUGAGCGAGUCCCCGGUGCCCAGAGCCGGGGUCUCCUGGCGGCGAAGCGACGAGGCGCUGCGCGUGAACGUGGGCGGGGUGCGGCGGCGGCUGAGCGCGCGCGCCCUGGCGCGCUUCCCGGGCACGCGGCUGGGCCGCCUGCAGGCUGCGGCGUCGGAGGAGCAGGCGCGGCGCCUGUGCGACGACUACGACGAGGCGGCGCGCGAGUUCUACUUCGACCGGCACCCGGGCUUCUUCCUGGGCCUGGUGCACUUCUACCGCACCGGCCGCCUGCACGUGCUCGAUGAGCUGUGCGUCUUCGCCUUCGGCCAGGAGGCCGACUACUGGGGCCUGGGCGAGAGCGCGCUGGCCACAUGCUGCCGCGCGCGCUACCUGGAGCGGCACGUGGCGCGGCCGCGCGACUGGGACGAGGACAGUGACACGCCGAGCAGCGUGGACCCGUGCCCCGACGAGAUCUCUGACGUGCAGCGCGAGCUGGCGCGCUAUGGCGCGGCGCGCUGUGGCCGCCUGCGCCGCCGCCUCUGGCUCACCAUGGAGAACCCGGGAUACUCGCUGCCCAGCAAGCUCUUCAGCUGCGUCUCUAUCGGCGUGGUGCUCGCCUCCAUCGCCGCCAUGUGCAUCCACAGCCUGCCCGAGUACCAGGCCCGCGAGGCGGCGGCCGCCGUGGCUGCGGUGGCCGCGGGCCGCAGCCCGGAAGGCAUGCGCGACGACCCGGUGCUGCGGCGCCUCGAGUACUUCUGCAUCGCCUGGUUCAGCUUCGAGGUGUCGUCGCGCCUCCUGCUGGCGCCCAGCGCGCGCAACUUCUUCUGCCACCCGCUCAACCUCAUCGACAUCGUGUCCGUGCUGCCCUUCUAUCUCACGCUGGUGGCUGGCGCGGCGCUCGGCGACCAGGGCGGCGCGAGCGGCGAGGAUCUCGGCGACCUGGGCAAGGUGGUGCAGGUGUUCCGCCUCAUGCGCAUCUUCCGCGUGCUCAAGUUGGCGCGUCACUCCACCGGGCUGCGCUCCCUGGGUGCCACGCUCAAGCACAGCUACCGUGAGGUGGGCAUCUUACUGCUAUACCUGGCCGUGGGUGUGUCUGUGUUCUCCUGCGUGGCCUACACAGCUGAGAAGGAGGAGGAGGUGGGCUUUGACACCAUCCCGGCCUGCUGGUGGUGGGGCACAGUGAGCAUGACCACCGUGGGCUAUGGGGACGUGGUGCCAGUCACCGUGGCUGGCAAGCUGGCAGCUUCAGGCUGCAUCCUGGGGGGCAUCCUGGUGGUAGCGCUCCCCAUCACCAUCAUCUUCAACAAGUUCUCCCACUUCUACCGGCGCCAGAAGGCUCUGGAGGCCGCCGUGCGCAACAGCGACCACCGGGAGUUUGAGGACUUGCUGAGCAGCGUUGAUGGAGUGUCGGAGGCAUCUCUGGAGACAUCCCGCGAGACCUCCCAAGAGGGAAGGUCUGUAGACCUGGAGGCCCAGGCCCCCAGUGGGCCUCCACGCUCUCAGAUUUAUUAAAACCAGGGCUCCAUAUCCCCCUUCCCACAUCCCUUCGGUCAGCUGCAACAGAGCAGAGAUUCCUCCCUUGCUUAAGAUCUUCAUGGUAGCAUGACCUCUCAGGAUCACUCACCCUGGCCUGAGGAAUGAGACCCAGAGGCUGGGUCCCUUUCUCCAAAGGCCCACGGCAGCAUAGUGUUACCGUAGAUUCUGUGAGCCUGGAGAACAGCCCAGAGACCUUUAUAAAUGAACCUCCAUGCCAUCCAUGAAGCAGGCAUGAGCCAAAGGGAGUAAGUUGAAAGGAUGCUGACAAUUCCUAAGCAUCUCUCUGUUAGCCAUCUCACGUUUGGCCCUAUGUUGGAGGAUGAGAAUUAUCCCCAUUUCACAGAUGAGGAAACUGAGGCUCAGAGAGGUGCAAUGACUCGCCCAAAUGUCAAACAGCGAGAAGUAGUGGAGCCAAGUUUGUAAUCUGCAUUGUUGGUCUUCCAAGACCAAUGUUCCUUCCCCUCUGUCUUCCUUCUGCCCUCACAAAGUUUGUCUGUGGUUUUAGGGGGUUCAUGGAUCCCCAGAGUUGAUCCAUAGAGUUAGAACCCUCUGUCAGAGCUAGAGAAAGGACCAGACAGGGGAUUCAGAAGUAGGAGCCCUGGACCUCAGCUGUGGUUCUCUUCCAGGAGCUUCCAAGAGGGGUAAGCUCUCAAAGAUGAAGUCUGGGAGGAAAGAGCUGCCUUCUUAGCUGAUAUGCAAGAUUUGUUAAGCAAUAGUCUCCUGCAGCUUCCUCUCAGGGCUGGCUUGAGAUGCAGAAAGUCUGAAGGGGCCCUAGCCUGAGGCCUGAGGUCUAGACCGAGCUCUGCUAGGACCUGAUGUGUGAAGUGGGCAAUUCCUUGCCCCAUCUCCAGAUUUCAGCCCAUUGUCACAAUCUGUGCCCCAGAGGGAGAUGACAGCCCAGUGGAGCAGGGAGGCACUGACUUAAAGCCAGCUGAGUUCUGACAUGUUGGUGGCAAGGGGCUGCCGUGCAUGGACACCUGUCCCCCAUGUUGGAUCCCCAAAUCUGACCUUGGCAGUUCCCUUCUGUGCACCACACAACCUCCAGCUGUACCUUGAGUGACCAUCCAGGCAAAUGCUUGAGACUCCUCCCCUUUUGGCCAGCUCCACCCCCUCAUCCUGGCUGGGGGCGUGUCUCUUGUACUCCCCUGCUGUAUCUUCUCUCCACUUGCUGAGAAAGUUGGGAGGGGACGGUUCCCAUAGCCCUUUUCAUGUACUGUUGCUUGAACACCCAUCACUGUAUUGUCAUUACCUGACUGUGGCUCUGACGGUCACACCACACUGAGCUCAAGAUGGAAGACAUUGAAUGGUUGAACCCAGCCUUGGGGAGGAGUAGGUAUUUGGUAAAUGUUGAAUGGAUCAACCAAUUUGUACAGCCUACUGUGUGCCAAGCACUGGGGAGAAAGAGGAAAUAGCCAGAGAGAGACCUCGCCUUAGAGAGGGUGUAGACAAGACUGAAAAGGAGGUCCUUUCAUUUCUGCCCUUCUCCCUCCUUGCCAUUUGAGACUUUUACAGUGAUCCUUGUAGAUGCUUCACUCACUCAUUCAACAAAUAUCUUUUGGAAGAAUCAUAAGCUGGGGCUUCAUGUGAGGCCUGCAGACAUGUUUUAUUUAGCUGAACAGUAUUUUUAGUAUAUUUUUUUAAUUUGAAUGCCUUUGGGUGAGGCAUGCACUCUCCAGUUCCCCAUAGUGUCCUCCCCCCACCCCACACACACACAGACACCACUGUCUUAGCCCCACCACUUCUCAGAUUUACUUUACCCACGUGGCUUCCAAUUUAUUGACUGUUUACUGGGUUUAAGAGACAUGAUAGGGAACAAAUAUAUAUCCCUGUACUCGUGAAGCUUGCAGGCUAGUGAGGGAGAGGGAUUUUAAUCUAAUAAUCACAUAAAUAUGUAAUAGUGAGCUCUACUAACUACAGGGGACUAGAAUAACCAAGAAGGUCAGAGAAGACUUUCCUGAUCAAGCGACAAUUUAACCUGCCAUUAUACGGAUAAAUAGCUAAUUAGCCAAUGGGGGUUCCAGGAAGCAUAUUCCAAGCAGAGGGAACGGCAGGUGUGAAGGUCUUGUGUCAUACCCUGGUACAUAGUCGGCCCCCACACGUGGUGGAUUCCAAGUCUCCAGAUUGGAGCAGAGACUGGAGCUAAGCCAAGGGGCUGCUCGUGAAUUCACCACGCACGCAGCAGCCCUCCUGCACGCUCACCUCAUAAUGUAUGGGCCCAGCUGUGCCCAGGUCGGGGCACAGAGACCAGGAGGGCUGCAUGCACCACCCUUAUGGUCUUGCUGAACAUACCAAGGAGCCCGAUGUUCCAGACUCUCUGACCCCACAGACAAGUCCCUAAAGCUGUUGUGGGGAAAGCUCGGGAGAAUCGUCCCCUGCGUCCAUCACGAGGUUGUGUGUGGUCCUGGUAGAAAAGCAACAACUCACUCCCACUCCCAUGCAUCACUGAAAACCAUUAUGCAAAUAAAGACGCUGGGCCCAGGGACCUGCUUCUGCCUGUACGGAGCUGGCUGCCUGGUGUGCUUUCUGGAUGAUUGGGGAGGGUGGGUGAUAUGUG